AACCCUGCUGUGCUGCCUUGCAGGCUGGCAGUGGAUGAGCAGCAGCAGCAGGAGGAGGAGGAGGAGGAGGGCGGCUCUGUGACGGUGGCAGGGAAUCGAGAUGUCCCACGCUUUGAAGCAGGUGUUCAAUAAGGACAAAACCUUCCGGCCCAAACGUAAAUUCGAGCCGGGCACGCAGCGCUUCGAGCUGCACAAGAAGGCUCAGGCAUCUCUGAACGCCGGGCUGGACUUGAAGGUGGCCGUGCAGCUGCCGCCGGGCGAGGAGCAGAACGACUGGGUGGCCGUGCACGUGGUGGACUUCUUCAACCGCAUCAACCUGAUCUACGGCACCAUCAGCGACUACUGCACCGAGCAGUCCUGCCCCGUCAUGUCGGGAGGCCCCAGGUACGAGUACCGCUGGCAGGACGAGCACAAGUACAGGAAGCCCACGGCCCUGUCUGCCCCGCAGUACAUGAACCUGCUGAUGGAUUGGAUCGAGGUGCAGAUCAACAACGAGGACAUCUUCCCCACCAAUGUCGGUACGCCCUUCCCCAGGAACUUCCUCCCCGUGGUGAAGAAGAUCCUCUCGAGGCUCUUCCGCGUCUUCGUCCACGUCUACAUCCAUCACUUCGACCGCAUCACGCAGAUGGGCUCGGAGGCGCACGUGAACACGUGCUACAAGCACUUCUACUACUUUGUGAAGGAGUUCAACCUCAUCGACACCAAGGAGCUGGAGCCUCUGGUGGGCGGAGGGGGGUGGGGGCUAGUCAUUCCCCUCUUGUAA